UCUUCUCUUUCUUUUUUUCCAGUUUUUCCUUUCCUUUACCACCAAAAAAUAAAAUAAAAUCCUACAGUUUCUUCUUCCGUCCCCUUCCCUUCUAUUCUAUCAUCAGAUUCCGCAAAGACGUCCUUUCUUGUCCAAACACAGACCCACUGACACCAUCAUCAUCAUAAUCACCAAUGUUCUCAUCGACACCACAAUUGUCCUUGUCCUCUCCUCCACCAUUCCCCAUCCCCAAUUUUCUCGAUCUCAUCUCCCACCACCAUCAAAAAUAAUAAUCUGAAAAUGAAAAGAAACUAAAAAUCCAAACCAAACCAAACCAAAUUCAAAGACACGAUGAAAUUGAACUAUCAAUUUUGAUACCAAUUGAAGGACUAAAGAAGUUUCAUCAAAAUGAGAAGAAACUAAAAACCGAACCGAACUCCACGAACACCCAUUUCUCCCCACUAAUGGUGUCAUCUCCAUUGUUAGUGUCCCUCACUUUUUUUCUUUCUCUCCCUCUCUUGUUGUUUCUAUCUCCUCAUAUUUUGUCCCCUCCCGACGCCGACGACCUCGCCCUCUUCCGCCGCGCCGCCGCCCCCCACACAACCUCCCACCUCUCCGCCACCCCGAAAAUCGCCUUCCUCUUCCUCACCAACUCCAAUCUCACCUUCUCCCCUCUCUGGGAGAAGUUCUUCUCUUCUUCUUCCUCCGAUCACCACCGCCACCGCCUCUUCAACAUCUACAUCCACGCCGACCCCACCAAAAACAUCACCAUCUCCGGCGGCGUCUUCCACCACCUCGUCCCCGCGAAACCAACCGCCCGCGCCUCCCCCUCCCUCAUCUCCGCCGCCCGCCGCCUCCUCGCCGCCGCCCUCCUCGACGACCCCCUCAACCACUACUUCGCCCUCCUCUCCCAAUACUGUAUCCCUCUCCACUCCCUUCAAUUCACUCACAACUUCCUCUUCAAAAACCCACACAAAAGCUUCAUUGAGAUUCUUUCUAACGAACCCAACCUCUUCGACCGCUACACCGCGCGUGGCGAACACGCGAUGCUCCCAGAAAUCCCCUUCUCCUCCUUCCGCGUGGGGUCGCAGUUCUUCAUUCUCACUCGCCGCCACGCGCGCGUGGUGGUGCGUGACAUUCUUCUCUGGAACAAGUUUCGCCUUCCGUGUGUCACGGAAGAGCCUUGUUACCCAGAAGAGCAUUAUUUUCCGACGCUAUUGUCCAUGCAGGAUCCGAAUGGGUGUACCGGGUUUACCCUGACCCGGGUCAACUGGACCGGGUGCUGGGACGGGCACCCGCAUCUGUACACCGCCCCGGAGGUCUCGCCGGAGCUCAUUCUCCGGCUGAGAGAAUCGAAUUCGAGCAGUUACGUGUACCUCUUCGCGAGGAAGUUCGCGCCGGAGUGUCUUACGCCGUUGAUGGAGAUCGCCGAUGACGUCAUUUUACGGGAGUGAGAGUGAGGACUACUUUCUCUGGGCAUCUUUGAUGAUGUUGGGAAGAGGAAACCUUGUGUUGAUGUUCAAUGCAAAUGUGUGUACAGAAAAUCUGAUUUCUUUAAUUGUACAUCUUAGUAUGGAGUGCAAAAGGCAAAGGUGGUCUCCAAAGGUGGCCACAUGGUCGAGAACAUUGAGAAUUGUAUUUUGAAAAAUCUCAUGCAAAAAGUUCCACCAUGAAGGGGGGUUGAAAGCUUGUAAGAUGGAUAUAUAUAGAUUAUGUAUGAUGUGCUAGCCAAAUUUUGAGUGCAACACAUAAAGAAAACAAGCAAUAGUCAAUACUUUUUCUUUUCCAGUUCUUCCCCCCGCCCUUUUUUAUCUUUUCCCUGAGGGCUUUCUACUUCAAUGUAGUUCCCAAAAAAAAAGAGAUUGGAAAACAAAAAAUCUUGCUUUAAAAACGAAAAAUCAUUAACUCUUCA